AUGGCAGACGACGCGCGUGCGAGCGCAAGCAAGCAGCUACUUCUUGCCGCACAGACAGACAAUGUGGAGCUUGCAGAAUCGAUUCUGGAUGCAGAUCCGCCGAUUGCGUACGACAUUAAUUUUACCGAUGGCAUUGGCAAUACAGCGCUGCAUUAUGCGUGCGAGAACAUUUCGGCAGAUGUGUUGGACAGAUUGCUGAACGAGGAAGUGGAUGUAGAUGUACAGAACACGCUUGCGGGGGAUACGCCGCUGCAUGUUGCAUGCCGUGUUGCGAAUGAGGAGGCGCGCAAUUGGCUGGUCUCGGAGCUUCUCGAGGCCGGAGCGCCGACAGAGACGAAGAACCAUGCGGGUCUUCGUGCCGUGGACACGAUUGUCGGGGCCAAGGCCGAUACGGAGCUUGGCAAAAAGCUGAUCGACAUGCUGACCGUGACACGGGCGGAAGCGCAGCUCGGCGCUGACGAUAUUGCCUAUGAUGACGAUGAUAUUGCAGACGACGGUCCUCCUUCCGACGUCGAGGCGUAG